CAGUGAAAAAGGCGCGUGGUUUGACGUUUAUAAUAAAAUUCUCAUGUUGUUUUUUACUUUUGUGUGAUUAUCGAGAACGCUAUUCAAUUUGAAAUAUCCGAACGCCAAAGAAAGAAAAAUUGUCCUAAACUAGCAUUAAGCCAGAUGUCCUCAUCGUUGUCUAAUGCCGCCACAAAAAAAGUCUACAUCCAAGUUGAGUCGGCGGCUGAGCAACAAGAAAAUUUGAAAAACCAACGUAAAACCUUGAAAGUUUUACAAGGUGUAGCCACCGAUAAGGAAAAUCUAACGGGUCGUCCACAAUUAGACAAACUGAGUCGCCUUAAAGCAGCCGUUCAUGAGACCACCAUCUCAACGAAUACGAGCAGCGAUUAUGCGAAACGUAAAAAGAUAGAAACCAAAGCGGCUGAAACCCAAACCAGUCCCGACUCGAAAUCCUCGAAUGCCCGCAAAAUUACUGCCGAGGACUUGUGCAGUGAGGAAAAACCGGGCGAACAUUAUUGGGAACGCUUGGCAGAGAAAAGGCGUGAGGCUUUGGAACAAUCCUUAGAGGAAAAUCAACGUUUGUAUGAACGUAUUGAUGGUCUGGAGGAAGAGUUAAAUACAUCACGCCAACAGCUAGAAGAAGCUAAACAUUUGGUCUCGGUUCUGACCGAAAUGCUCGCUGAGGGAGAGGAAGCUGAGCCUGAAGAACAAGCUGCAGAAGAAGGUGAAGAAACUGAGGGUGAAAGCGAAGCUGGUGUGCAAGCUUUAGCUGCUGAGGAAUCCGAUGAUUCUAAUUCAUCUACACCCAAGGCUGAUAAACAGACCCAGAAUUAAUUUUAGCUUUUCAUACAAAUAUAGUUAUAAGUUUCCUAUCAUUUUAAUCACCUUAAUUAAGUCUUAAGGUUAGAGAGCAGCGAGAGCUAGAGAGCAUUCAUUCCUUUUGCUAUAUAUUUGCGUUUAAAUUAUCAUUAAUAGGGUCUUGUUUUAGUUUUGUUUCCUUAACAAUCAAUAACGAUUUCCUUAAUAGUUAAAUUAUGUUUAAAACCUGAAUUUUUCUCUAUUGAAAUAGUAAUAAACAAGACUUUCUUUUUUUUUUAAUCUAACAUCUAACACUCUACGUUUUUACGUUUUCAUUUUAUAGCUAGUUUUUUUAUAUAUUAGAAUUAUGUAGUUUUUUAUAUUAAAACUUUAUGUUGUUAAAAUUACUUAAGAACUAUUUUGAACUAUUUACCAGAGUUAUUUUUUUAUUAUAAAAAUGUUAAAUUUAAUUUUAGUUUAAUAACGAUUUCCUUUUUUUUUUUUUUUUGAUCCAC